CCACCAUCGGAAGAAGUACUUUUGUCAUCAUUGGUUAGCAACAUCAUAACAAUGUUAUUUAAAAGAAUUCAGAGACUUAUUGUACUCUAUGGUCUUAAAUAAAUGGGCGAAUAGUGUAGAUAUGUUGCAUGGCUCAGGGCGACCACACUUCGCUAGCCACUAGGUCCUUAAAUGUUUCUUUUUCUUACUGGGCAGAAUAUGCCACCGAGCCUUCCUCGGAUUAUUUCUAUCCGAAUUAUGGAAUAAUUUCGCGAUACAGUAGGGCAUUUUCACGUGUCCGAUGGUGGUCGUACUGCAUGUGAUUAUGAUGCAAAACAGCCACGAUUCCUGUGUUUGCGCACAGGAGAUGUCACUUCCUGUUUCCUGUCAUGUGACUCAGCAAAAUGGCGGCGCCCGUGAAAUUUGCAAUUGCCGAUAAAAAUCUUUCAAAACACCAUUAAAUGAUAUCGGAUUAUCCUCAAAUAUUCAAGAGCUGGAGGCCAAGGAGGCUUGCGAUUGGCUGAGAGCUGCCGGCUUUCCUCAGUAUGCGCAACUCUACGAAGACUCUCAGUUUCCCAUCGAUAUUUCUUCAGUAAAAAGGGAUCACGACUUCUUGGACGGCGACCUGGUGGAGCCUCUUUCCCGGCGCCUCAACACGCUGAACAAGUGCGCCUCCAUGAAACUGGACAUCAGCCACCCCAAGAAGAAAGGUGACGACUCAGAUGAAGAUGACCCAAUGGCCAUCAGCAAGCGUUGGACGUUUGAAUGGAGCAGCCGCCGCUGGUCGCGCCUCCAGGACCUCCUGUCGGACGGCGCCCCCCACGGCCGAGGGGAGGGACCAUGCAGCGCGGCAAGCAGCGAAAGUGCGCUUAGUGAGCUAAGUGAGCACGAGCUGGGCGACAUCUCCUCGCUUCACAGCGAGGAUUCCGCCUCCACGGCUGCGGACGCCAUGUCGGUAGCGUCCCUGUCGGCCUCCUACCGGCCGCCACCGCGCGACCUCCCGCACUACAACUCCCUGCCCAUCAAGGGUGGCCGCCACGGACAGGCGGGGCGCAGCAAAGCCAAGGAGUUCCUGCGACGGAUGGAGCUAAUGCGCACCUGGGGGCCGUCCACUAUGCGGAAGAGCUCCAAGCGCAGGCCCCCAAUGGUCAUUAGCGGACCAGUGCUGCAAGGCGAGGAGCCCCUGGCCCUGCAGGUUUUGCAGUGUACUCCCAUCAGCCAGUUGGAGAUCAACCUGGACAGGGAAGAUAGCGAAACAUCACCCGGCGACAACUGCGGCGACCUCUCCAUGAUGAACGUCAGCCCCAUUCGCGACCCUACGCCCCCACGACCGCGCACGGCCAGCAAGCGAAGCAGCAAGUACUUAGAGGAUAUGGCCCUCCCGUUGCGGGGCAAGAGGCCCGAUGGAGAGAGGACCCAGUUCUACUCACAUGAAAACCUCCUCAUCCACGUACCCAAAGACCACAAGCCGGGCACCUUCCCCAAAGCGCUGUCCAUUGAGAGUCUGGCACCCGGAAGAACCUCCACUAACACCGCCGUCUCUCGACUGCCCAAAAAUAAGAACCUCGAUGACUCCUGGUCUGGCCGUCCACUCUCCAAGCCCCCUUGCCCGAGAGCUCCAAGAGGCAGCAGGGUCAGCGUCUACGACAACGUCCCCGGCUCCCACCUAUAUGCCAGCACGGGGGACCUUCUGGACCUGGAAAAGGAGGACAACCUGUUCCCGCACCUCGAUGACAUCAUCCAGCACGUCAGCGGUUUACAGCAGAUUGUGAACCACUGGACCCGUGGCGUACUGGCGGACAGCGAGGACGGCGAAGAUGGCGAGGGCAGUACUACACCCGUUUCGAUGAAUGACACCGACUCCACCGGGACUGGACGGGAGAGGAGGGAUUCCGGCGUUGGGGCUUCCUUGACAAGACCACGAGUCCGCUGGCCCAGUUUCAGGACCUCCGAUCUCAACCAGCCGUCGUCGUCGCUGCAGAUCAGCUGCCAGUCAGCCGCUCAGCUCAGGCUGCUGCACAAGUUCUCCUUGCUGCGCCUCACCGCCAUCAUGGAGAAGUACUCCAUGUCCAACAAGCACGGCUGGACCUGGUCCGUGCCCAAAUUCAUGAAGCGUAUAAAGUCUCCGGACACCAAAGACAAGAGCGUGUUUGGCGUCCCGCUCAUCGUGCAUGUACGACAUUGCGGCUUCCCGCUGCCCUUAUGCCUCCAGCAGGCCCUCGCCCACCUCACGCGCCACUGUUUGGACCAGGUGGGCCUGUUCCGCAAGUCCGGCGUGAAGUCGCGCAUCCAAGCGCUGCGUCAACAGUGCGACGCCUCGCCCGACUCCGUGGACUACGAGGACCAGUCGGCCUAUGACGUGGCCGACAUGCUCAAGCAAUUUUUCCGGGACCUUCCGGAGCCGCUGCUGAGUAACAAACUGGGGGAAACCUUCCUGCACAUCUAUCAAUACGUGCCCAAGGAGCAGCGUCUGCAGGCGGUGCGAGCAGCCAUCUUGCUGAUGGCGGACGAGAACCGCCAGGCGCUGCAGACGCUCCUCUACUUCCUGCACGACGUGGCGGCGCAGGUGGACGAGAACCAGAUGACGGCCGCCAACCUUGCUGUCUGCCUGGCGCCGUCUCUCUUCCACCUCAGCCUGACCAAGGGCGACACGGUCUCGCCAAGGUCCAUCCAGAGGAAGUACGCCAGCGGCCGACCGGACCAGAAGGACCUGAACGAGAACAUGGCCGCCACUCAAGGCCUCGCUCACAUGAUCAUGGAGUGCCAGCGUCUCUUUCAGGUCCCAGAGGAGAUGGUGAGCCAGUCCCGAAACUCUUACAUGGACGCUGAGCUUGUAGCGCCCCUGCUGGACAAUCUGGGUAAAGCGCGCCGGGAUGACAUGGACGAGGACGAGGAGGAGGAGGACGAAGACGACGAGGAGAUCGACGUAAGCUCCCACCACGCUCAUGUGGAGAAGCUGAUCCAGGACCUUCUGAAGGAGACCAAAGACAAGAGCAAAGCGUGGAUAUGUCGACCCACAGGAGAACACAUGGAACUGGCCUCCAAAAAGGUGGGUGACGGCAACCCCCUACGACGGUGGCGCGUCAGCACGGAGGUGCCGGCCACGCCCGCUGAGGUUCUGCGCCGGUUACUGCGAGAGCGCCACCUGUGGCAGCUGGAGCUGCAACAGGAGAAGGUCGUGGAAACGCUGGACCGGCAGACGGACGUGUAUCACUACUCCUGUCACAAUAUGGCGCCGCUGCCCCGCAUAGACUACGUGAUACUCAGGUCCUGGCGUUCAGACCCAGUCAAAGGCUGGUCCGUGUUGGUGUGCAUGUCAGUGGAUCACGACGACGCACUGCGCACGGCGGCGGCGGUGCGGGGCGUCGUCCUGGAGUCCCACUACCUGCUGGAGCCCUGCGGCAUCCCGACCAGAACCAGAUUGACACACAUCUCCAGAGUCGAUCUCAGGGGGCGAGCUCCAGAAUGGUACAACAAGGCAUACGGGCACCUGUGCGCCAACGAAGCGCAGAGGAUCCGGGCCUCAUUCCUCAGUGCGGUAGAACCCUGGCCAGUAGGAUCUCCACGCUGACCCUCAUGGUACCAGACCGCGUCCAUGUACUGUAGUGCUAAGAAAAGCGUACUGUUGGCAGCUGGACUAUUUUUGGGGGGGGGGGGGCUCCUCACAUUCAACUCAUGCUUUGUGAUGUCAUUGUGAUGUCAUCACAACGAUCCACCGGCGGAACCUUCUGGACUUGUCUUGACCAGAAAAGUUAAAGGAGAAGUGAAGAUUAAGAAGGUCCAUGUCUGAGACAUGUCAUCUUUGCACUGCUUCUGGGAAGCAUCGCGUGUGUGUGUAUGUGUGAGAGGUAGUUUGUGUGAACGUGAUGAUGUAUGUUUGAGAGUGCGUGUGUUCGUGUAUGAGAUAAUUUGUGAGAGAUUGUGUGUGUGUUGUAAAUAGUAGCUUUUCAGGGUGUCGCGAUCAUAUUGAUACGCUAACAGUAGGAAGCAAUAAGAAACAAAGCGCUUUAGUGUCUCUCGUGCAGUUGGAGGAGCCAGCGUCGCCGUGGCGAUGCAACGACACGUUAAAAAGGUGCCAUAUGCAACACAGAAUUGUUGUUUUUGAAAAAAAAAUCAUGCAAAAAACAAAACAAAAAACUCAUUUUAGUUAUUCAUUAGACCGAGAUGGACAUAUUUGUGAGAUGCCGGUGAAGGCUUAACUGUUGGGUGGAAAAAGGAUUUAAAUUUAAAGGCUGUCGGGGUGGGGGCGGUUCUUAAACUAUUAUAUGUACGUGUGUGUGUGUGUGUGUGUGUGUGUGUGUGGAAAAAAAACAAUGUAUGUGAAACGUUGCUAUCAUUUUGUAAAUUGUUAAAGUAAAAAUAUGAAUAAA